AUGACAGAAAUAACUGGAAAAGUUUCUGAUACUUAUACUGAUUGGUUAGAAAAAGCAAUAUCAGAAAAUUAUAUUAAAUAUUAUGAUUAUGCUGAAUUCACUAAUAAAGAAGAAAUAAAUAAUGGAUCUUUUGGAAAAGUUUUUCGUGUAAAUCGUAAAGAUUCUGAUACUGUCAUGGCUCUAAAAUAUCCAUUUAACUUAACUAUUGAAGAAAUCGUUAAUGAGAUAAAAAUGCAACGCGAAGUUGAUUAUCAUUCAAAUAUUGUUCGAUUUUACGGAAUCUCAAGAUUAGAAAACAAAUAUUUAUUGGUUAUGGAGUAUGCUGAUUGUGGAUCAUUACAAUCCUAUUUAAAAGAGAAUUUUAAUAAACUUGAAUGGAAUGAUAAAUAUCAAUUAGCGCUCCAACUUGCAAAUGCUGUAGAAUGUCUAAAUAACGAAGGAAUUAUUCACUGUGAUUUGCAUGCACAAAAUGUACUUGUACAUCAAAAUAAAAUAAAGCUGGCGGACUUUGGUUUAUCAAGAAAAAUAACUGAUAUAUCAUACAAUUCAACAAAUGUUCUUGGUGUUGUUCCUUAUAUCGACCCAAAAUAUUUGAAUAAUAUUAAAGAUAAAAGCCAGUCAUAUAAAUUAAAUGCAAAGUCAGAUGUUUAUAGUGUAGGAGUUCUUCUUUGGCAAAUUUCGAGUGGACAUAGACCUUUUUAUGCUGAAAAUGUAGAAUAUGAUGCAAAUUUGAUCAUGAAUAUUAUAAAAGGACAAAGAGAAAAAAUUGUCCCGGAUACUCCUAUUGAAUAUAGUAAUUUAUAUAAAGCAUGUUGGGAAGAUGAUCCAACUAACCGUCCUACUAUUCAUCAAGUUGUUAAAUUUCUUAAACAAGUAAUUUUUGGAGAAAAUAAUGAUGAGAUUAAUUCAUUGGAAAUCAAAACAGAAUUAUUACAAGAGAAUCAUCCUCAAUCAAUUAUAUCUGAUUUAGCAUGUAUGCUUAGUAAUAAUUCUAUAGAAUAUAUG